AUGCUCGCUUCAGGCUCCUCGCCGUGGACCCGCCGCUCAGCCGUCCAGGCGCUCGUCGACCAGGCAUGCGACCCGACGCUCAUGUCGGCCAACGAUGUCGUCAACAUUGAGCUCGCCGAGGCCAUCAACAAGAAGAAGGCCAACUCUGCGCGCGAAGCAACACAGGCUCUCCUAGUGUACAUCAACUCCCGGAACCCGAAUCAGUCGCUCAUCGCACUGAAUGUCCUCGACCACCUUGUCAAAAGCUGCGGGUACCCGAUCCAUCUGCAGAUCAGCACCAAGGAGUUCCUCAACGAGCUCGUGCGCCGCUUCCCCGAGCGCCCGCCGAUGGUCGUUGGGCGCGUCAUGGCGAGAAUCCUUGAGCUUAUCCACGAAUGGAAGAACACGAUUUGCGUGGCGUCCAAGAACAAGGAUGACCUGGUGCACAUCCGCGACAUGCACCGGCUCCUCAGCUAUAAGGGGUACCGGUUCAAGCCAUUUGACGCGGCGCGCGCGAUGGCGACGCGCAACCCAAACGAGGAUCUCAAGAGCCCUGAGGAGCUUGAGGAUGAGGACCGCAACGCCAAGCAGGCAAAGCUGCAGGAGCUGAUCCGACGAGCGACACCGCGUGACCUCGCCGCGGCUCAGGAGCUCAUGAAGCAGCUUGCAGGCGCCGAGCCCGACAAGGCUGUCGACUACGAGAAGCAGACAGUCUCGGAGCUGGAAAAGGUCCAGAGCAAGGCCAUUCUGCUCAACGACAUGUUGGACAAUGCAAAGGAGGGCGAGAGGGUCGGUGUUGAGGGGGACGUGUACGACCAAGUGGCGGCAGCGUGCCGAGGCGCACGACCACGGAUCCAGAAGUGGAUCGAGAACGACACGGGCGAGCACGAGGGCCUCAUGGACCGCCUCCUCAUGUGCAAUGACCUAAUCAACAGUGCGCUCGACCGCUUCGAGGCCGCCAAGCGCGGCGAUUGGGGCGCCGCGCAGACCAUUGCGCAGCAGUCCAACCCAGCCAAGAAAGCCAACGACCUCAUCUCGUUUGACGCGUUCGGUGACGAUGAGGACACUGGCGGCGUGUCCCUUCCAUCAGGUGGGGACGCCGCGCCGUCGUCCAGCAACCCCGGCUUCACCGCUGGCGGUCUCCCCCUCGACCUGUUUGCCCCUUCUCCAUCGCACUCGCCGGCGCCGGCCGCUGGGCCCUCCCAGCCGAACCGGACAAAUCCCAUGGACUUCUUCAACGUGUCCUCGUCGUCUCCGCAGCCCCAGCAGCAGCAGCAGCAGCAGUUCGGCGGGAUGGGCAUGGGCGGCCUGGGCGGGUUCCAGCAGCCGCCUCCUCUGCAGCAGCAGCAGCAGUGGGGCCAACAGUCUGGCGGCACGGGUGGCUUCGGUGGCCCUCAGCAGCAGUGGACCCAGCCCCAGCAGCAGCAGCAACAAUGGGCCCAGCAGACGCAGCAGCAGUGGGGCCAGCCCCAGCAGCAGUUUGGCUCGCCGGCUCUCACACCUAACGCGACCGGCUACGCUGCGCCGUCGCCGCCAACGAACGGCACGUCGUCGCCGCGCCCGGCACAGCAGCAGCAACCGCCGAAGAAGAAUGACGCGUUCGCCGACCUCGUCGACCUAAUGGGCUAG